AUGACGAAACUCCCAAAAUACGCCAAAAUCACCAAACGCCCAAUCCCCCACCCCGCCCCGUCAACACCAUACACGGGCUCCAACGUCCCAAAGACCAUCUACGUGUCGACCACCACACCCAAAAUGAGCGUCGUGACGCGCGUCCGGAAGCUGCUGCGGCAGGCCGAGAAGCGCGCCACCGCGGGGUUACACUCCACGAAAGGGGGGCGGCACAACGGCGGGAGAACGCAAGCGGAGCGCGUGGCGCAGGUGCAGGAGGCGCUGCGGCGGGAGGAGGUGCAUGUCAAGGCGACGGGGCGGGCGAUUGCGAAGGCCGUGGCGGUGGGCGAGUAUCUGCGGGAUGCGGCGGGCGGUGGGGAGUUUCGGGUGACGGUGACGACGGGGAAUGUGCUGGUUGUGGAUGAUGUGGAGGUUGAUGAGGCCGCUAAGAAAAGGGUGGUGGAGGGGGCGGAGAGGAUGAGGAGGGAGGUGGAGACGGGGGUGGAGGAGGGGAGUGGGCGGGUUUUGUCCAAGGCGGCAAUUAAGAAAAGGAGGAGGGCUUUGAGGGGCUUGGGGUCGGUGGUUAAGGGUGAGAAGAGGGAGGGGGAGGGGGAGGGGGAGGCAGAAGGGGGUCCGGGGGAGAAGGAGGAGGGAGAGGAUGAGGAGGAGGAGUUGCCCGAGUCGCGGACGAGGUGGGUUAACAUGGUUGAUGUUGUGGUGGGGUUGAAGUAG